GUUUUUUUUUUCAACAAAGUGGGUCUACUCGUAAAUUUCAUAUACACAACCAAUAAAAUAAAAAUAAUGAAUUUCUACUAUUACUACUUACUAGUACAUGUUAUUUGGGUGUCUUUUCUUAAUUUCCACCUGUCAAAUUAAUAUUAUUGAGAGAAAGAGGCCGCUGUCUGUUUGGCGCUGCUAAGAAGAGCGGGAGAGAGGACCGGCGAUGGAGGACGACGUGGAGAUGGCUGCGUCGGAAAAUGGCGCCGUGGUGGAAUUGGAUGAGAUGAAGAAGAGAUUGAAAGAAAUGGAAGAUGAAGCGGCUGCUCUCCGUGAAAUGCAGGCCAAAGUCGAGAAAGAAAUGGGUUCUGUUCAAGGCAGACCCUGCUACUGCUGCAAAUCAGGCAAACAGGGAAGAAGUGGAUUCUCGGUCUGUUUUUGUUGGAAAUGUGGAUUAUUCAUGCACUCCGGAGGAAGUGCAGCAGCAUUUUCAGGCAUGUGGGACUGUAAAUAGAGUUACAAUCCGAACUAACAAGUUUGGGCAACCUAAAGGGUAUGCUUACAUUGAGUUUCUUGAAAUGGAAGCUGUCCAAGAAGCUAUUCUUCUGAAUGAAUCUGAACUUCAUGGCCGCCAACUUAAGGUAUCAGCAAAGAGGACUAACUUACCUGGUAUGAAGCCGUAUCGUGCUAGGCGGCCCAAUCCCUACAUGGGAUUUCGAGGCCGGACACCAUUUAUGGCUGCUCCGUAUUUUUUCCCUCCUUAUGGAUACGGAAAGGUUCCAAGGGCUAGGGCGCCAAUGCGAUACAGCCCCUACUUCUGAGACAGCAUUUCCUCUGAGACAUACAUAUACAUAUCUCUGGAUGGUGGGAUAUUUCAUUAAAAGCAGUAGCUUCUUAUCCCCUGUAUGGCAAAUUGCCUUUCAGGAUCUGAAAUCGAUUUUCAAGUGGGCUUUGUGGCAAAUAUUGUGAUCAUGAAUCCUGUUGGUGUUGCGUCCUUAGAAUUCAAGAAAAAUAUGCAUGUUUCAAGUCUCCUAUAUAGUUUGCAUUCUACACGGAGAGAGAGAGAGAGAGAGAGAGAGAGAGAGAGAGAGAGAGAGAGAGAGAGAGAGAGAGAAAUCCUUGUACAUAUCUUGUCUCUGGAAGUUUUGGACCAUUAUUGUGUGGUUUUUUGGAGCUCAUUUUCUGGUCUAAAGGUUUUUGGAUUGCAACCAAUCUGGCGAAGGGAGGCCUAUUUGAUGAAGGAUAAUACACUUGGUGUAACAGAGGUUGAAUGUGUUUGAUAUUAUGAUGGCAAAUAAUAAAAGGAAGAAUUACGGUCCUUGUCGCUUGGCCUAAUAGCCCAACCGAAAAUAGUCCAAGUUUGAAGUUCUUACCCGGUCUAACCCAUGUUGUACAUAACUUGAAAGAAAUUUUUCAACUUUUAGCCCAUUAUUAAAGAAAUAUAUUUAGGGUUUUUAUUA